AGCUCGAGAAACAAGAAUGACAAGACCCAUCGUUCAGCUUCUGCAUCGCGCUGCGGUCGUUAUGUUGAUGGUCACCGUGGUUCAGAUAAUCAGGCAUUGACAGUAUCGUCACCUGGCUGCUCACCUGUUAGACGGCUUGCGCAAUUGUCUUCGCUGUUUCCUUUUGCAAGACGCAGUCUGAUUCCAAUUGUUCUUCAGAAAGCGUCGCAGACACCAUCGACGAUCCUAAAUGCGAAGUCGUGGCGUCAUCAAGGAGCAAGUGUGCGACACGUAGUAGAGAAGCAGCAAACAGCAUCAAGAUCGCAAUCAAGAAAUAGAGACAGUUUUAAGACGAGACCGGACGGAUAUGGAAAAUCAUGGAAAAAUAGAAGAAGAAGUGCUACAAGUACAAGUGGUGCAACGGAUGACAAGGACAAUAGCGACGGAGAUGAAUCAAAAAUGUGUGGGAAAUACGAACUACUAUCGCGAAUCGGAGACAAGCGUGCUGUAGCCUCGGCUUUAGCGAGGGCUGCUCACGAUCCUGACGAACUGGAGACGUUGUUGAAAAUGCAAGAGACGGAAGAAAAACUAAGAUUACGAAACAUCGUAGGCGCAAGCGGAAUAGUUGGAGGAGAAUAUCGUGAAAUAGAAACAGAAAGAACUACGAACAAUGCAUUUGCGCCAGAAAGAAAUGCGACUCGAACUACCUCCUUCGCAUCCGCCGAACACCAAGAUCAGUACAAGAAGAACGUACGAGAUGCUGGGACAACAGCCUCUGGAAAUAAAGCGGUCUUUUCCGUCAGCGAUUUCAAGCAGCAUUGGCACCGGUUGCAGGAGCAACGACGGCCACUUACUUGGCGAGGUCCGGCGAGAGAGCUGCGCACGACAAUUGAGAAUCCACUUUUGUUGAAAGAUCGGUCGUCGGAUGCGGAUGAGAGAUGGAAGAAGUCGUCGUCAAGGGCGACCACGUCAACACGCAUAUCAGGCAUCGACGGUUUCGUUUUCUGUCAUGAGCGCAUUCUCGACUCUAAUGCGAUCUCGAGACCCGACAAAAAGGCAUGCUUUCAGCACUAUUACACAACGAUCAAUCCGUCAAAAACCGCCACGGUAAAACUGCUUUUGCAACCGGUGCGGGGCGGCAAUGCCUGCAUCAAUUCAGGCGAUCAUAAAAUCACAUAGUAAUAACGUUGAAGUAGAUCAUGAUGCCAUGGAACAGAGAUGAGCACCAUACCAUAAAAAGACAUGGCCUCAAUCAAAUGGUGAAAUUUGAUGGGCAAUAUUAAAUAUGUAGUUAUUUUCAUUACACUGUCACAGACACAGUCACUAGCUGGGCCAACCCUAGCGGUGGAUGCUGCAUCGGCGUAGAAAGGAUGUUUAACUGCAUUGCUUGGUGAAUUUGUACUUCGUUCUUGAUGUUUUUAUCGCAUCAUUGGAUUGGUCAUACGAGUACAUGUAGUACAUGAUUCUAUCUCUGUUGAAGUUCGAGAUCGUCUAAAAACCUUUGUAGAGAUUCUCUUGGACAGUUCAAGUAUAGUACAGAUGAAGAUUUCAAUAUGGGAAUGAAAAGUAGAUGUAGUUGACGACUGGGCUUGUACUAACUAAGGUUUUACUUCAUUCUAUUUUUUCAUCGAUUAUGAAUUGCAAUUGGAUUCUAUCUGUCUCAUCAAAAUGAAAAUCCACUUUGAACCCAAAAGUAAAAGAAUACCAAAACAUGUUAAUUUUUAUAGAUGUUUAUUAAUAUUGUCAUACUUGCGAUAGCGAUCUAAUAUACUCCUCAUGUGGCAAUAAACGAAAGCGUUAUCGUCAAAACAUGUAUGCCAGUGGUUCUAAGUCGUUUUCAUUUGCCUGAAUGAAUCGUUGUCAAAAAGUGUGGUAUUGUCGUGCAUUUUCUGGCUACUUUGUGCUGAAGACUAAUCCAGAUUUUGCUGGCAAACUACGUGGUUCAACGGGAAAAGCAGAUAAUAGAACCGGUGUUUAUCCCGCAUAUCAUCGUGAAAAGCUUCGCUGAAU